ACAUUUUUUGAUUUCUUCUGUCUCCAAUCAAAUAAUUAACAGCGUCUAGCCAUAAUAAUUUUCUUGUAUGUAAACCGAAUUAUCUUCUUAUAUCAACAGACAUAAAUAUAAAUUUUUAAUAUACAAAAAGAAAGCAUAAUUUUCUUAUCAAUUAGUAAAUAUUUUAAUUUAUAUUAUCAACCGAUUCUAUAAGAAAAGUAAGACCCCAGUCCUUUAAUUAUUUAUUGUCCUCUUGUAUACUGUCAUUGCCUGGUCAUUUACGUGUGAUUCCUCCCUUGUUUCAAGAUGUUGGGAGUAAAUAAUGCGUUUAUGACAUGUCAUGGUAUUUCUGUCAUUAAGUCGUAAAUAUUGCCAUAGUGAAUCUGUAAAUACAAACACCAGUACUAUUAAAAUGAUAGCACUUUCAAUAACAUCCUCAGUCACGUGGUUUUCUUCAUCCUGAUCGUGUAUGUGUUUUUGAUAGUGAGCAAAGAAAGGAGAAGAUAUGAUAUUUUUAUUAGGAAUAGUUGUAUUGAUUAAUACAGUCUCUGCUCAAAUUUUUGAAAUUGAAAUUACCAAUGCUACCAUAGAGUAUGGGUUAGAAGACAUAGAUGUCUUGUGCAAAGUUACAAACGGAUCUUCCCUAAACUCAGUGUUCUCCAUCCAGUUAAGGCGUUCUGGUAACCCAGUUGUCUCUGCAACUGCAACCGGAGUCUCUUGGCAAGAUACUUCACUACAAAACAGGAAUGGUGUCAUAGCCAAUGGAUCCGUCAAUGACGUCAUGAGCGCUCGCCUUCACCUGAACAUUCCGAUGUCCUCGGUAGUUUAUCCUGACGAUGAGGGUGACUACCAAUGCACUAUGUCAGGAUUAGAUUUAACGUCUGCGAGUGUUACUGUGGAAUCUGGAACAAUUUUUGUUAAUAUCACAGGUUAUGUAGAUACCACGACGGUCCCAGAAACGACAACAGUCCUUUUAUCAACUUCCACAAAUUCAGACACGCCUGCUUCUAGCUUCUCCCCAUCCUCAGAUUCACCGUCUGGGACCCAAGAUCCCAGUGCAUCAGGUGCCAAAUUUUAUUUUGGGAGCUUUAUUUCGCUAAUCUGGACUGUUAUUGGAUGUACAGCGACAAGGAUUCGAGUGGAGGAAUGGAUGGAGUAGUAUUAUGGUUAUUCCAUAAGAAAUAAUUAUCAAAAAUGUUAUAUAUGAAUUUGAAUUUAAACAUUGCCAGUGUUAUUUUGGAAAAAACAACAUUGAAAAAAAAAUGAGAUAUUCAAAAAUUGCAAAUAAUCAGGUGAGAGAAUGCAAAUCAAUUUGUACAGUACAGUUACGUUAAUGUAAAAAGAGACUGUGGUUUUUUUUAACAAGUGUAAAUUUUCAUCUAUGUGUUUGUGAAAUUUUGUUAUGUUUAUAUGUUUCAUUUUAUAUUUAUAUUCUCUUUGUUUAGGUCUUUUGUAAUUAUAUUAGAAAUAUUUCAUAUCGGUUUGUUCAUAUACAGAUAAUAAUAAUAUAUGUGUCAAAUGCCAUAAUUGUAUUUUGAAUUUACAUCAUCAUAUUGAAAUGAUGUUUUAUAAAAUCAUCCUGAUAACUUCAAUGUACUAUAGUAUAUAUUUGAUUGUACGUGAUUUGGUCAAUUUAUUACAUGUACAUGUUUUAUAUGUUGCUAUAUAUAUCCAUACCCGUCCAUCUCUCUGUAGAUCUCUAAAUUCUUACACCACAAAUUAAAGCUUUUC